ACGGCCGCUGCGUCCAUUAGAGCCGUGCUGGUCGUUGAGCGAUAUUCUCUGGAAAACGAGCUCACCUGUGCGUUGCGACAGGUGCUGAGCGCGUCUCCGCGCAGGUGAACCCGCGUCUCUCUGGAUCUGCUCUUUCAAACAUGUUUUCCUCCUCAAAGCAACGCGUCUGCAGCGGUGUUAGCUAGCGUUAGCACGUCGAGCUAACUCCUGAUAAUCUAAUCUUAUUCCUGGCGAUAAUCCCAGUCUUUGCCAUUUCCAGCCUCUUGGCGUUUUCAGGGGAAACUGGCCAAAGUGCAUGGCAGCUGGACCUGGACACCACAGAUCACUGCAGCUGCGUGUUAGCUGGAUAAUCUGAGUUGGACAAAAUCUCGCACCUUAAUUUGUGGUUCCUAAUCCAGAGAUCAGAGGAUUUUUUCACUCAGCUGACACAGAAGAUGGAGAUCCACCUAAACCGGGUUGAUUAUAUGCAGGUGGGGGUCACAUCCCAGAAGACCAUGAGGCUGCUCCCAGCCAUGGGAAAAAAGGCAACCCAAAAGGUUGCUAUUGCCGACCACGACGGUGUCCUUACGUGUUUCGGGAUGAAGAAAGGAGAGGCGGUGCCGGUGUUCAAAACUCUGCCGGGGCCGAAGAUCUCCAGGCUGGACUUGGGAGGAGCCGUGGGAACGCCGCAGGAGAAGAUCUUCGUGUGCUCCGGCUCCGAGGUGCGAGGCUUCACCAAGAAAGGCAAACAGUUCCUGACGUUCGAGGCCAACCUCACCGAGAGCAUCAACGCCAUGCACGUGUCGGGUGCCGACCUUUUCGUCUGUGCGAGCUACAUCUACAACCACUACUGCGACUGCAAGGACCAGGACUACUACCUGUCCGGGGACAAGAUCAACGACAUCACCUGCUUGUCCACGGAGAAGCUGCCUCACCUGGUUCCUGUCCUGGCGUGCCAAGACCGGGUGCUGCGAGUCCUGCAGGGAUCAGAGCUCCUGUAUGACAUCGAAGUCCCCGGCCCUCCGUCCGUCUUGGAGCUGUACAACAAAGAUGGAGGAGAGGACGUCCUGUACGGGACGGCCGACGGUAAAAUUGGGCUGAUCCAGAUUGGAGAAUCCUCGGCUGUGCCCAAAUGGGAGAUAGACAAUGACAAAAAGAAAGGAGGUAUUCUGUGCAUCGACACGUAUGACAUCCUCGGAGACGGCGUGAGCGACAUCCUGGUGGGCCGGGACGACGGCACGGUGGAGGUAUUUGGCCUCGACAGCUCCGGUGAGCCCACGUCACGCUUCGAGCAUGUUCUGUCCGAGAGCGUCACGUCCGUCCAGGGCGGCUGUGUGGGGAAGGAGGGCUACGACGAGGUCCUGACCGCCACUUACACAGGAUGGGUCACGGGUCUGACCACUGAGGCGCUGAAGGCCGAGGCCGGCCCCGGAGACGAGGUCAAGAUGAGCAAAGAGACCCAGUCCAAAGUGGCAGCUCUCAGAGCGGAGCUGGAGCAGCUGCAGGUCAAAGUCCUUCAGGGUCGGGAGAAAUACCAGCAGAGCUCCCAGUCGAGCACGGCCGUCUCCGCAGUGCCCGUCUUCAGCAUCAACGACAAGUUCACCCUCUGCCAGGACGACGCCAGCUACAGCCUCACCCUGGAGGUGCAGACCGCCAUCGACAACCUGCUGCUCCAGAGCGACGUACCGAUCGACCUGCUGGAUGUGGAUAAAAACUCAGCUGUGGUCAGCUUCAGUGAAUGUGACUCAGAGCAGCCGAACGGGAACUUCCUGCUGGCCACGUACAGAUGUCAGGCCAACACCACCAGGCUGGAGCUCAAGGUGCGGUCGAUCGAGGGCCAGUACGGCACCCUGCAGGCGUACAUCACACCCCGCCUGCAGCCCAAGACCUGCCAGGUGCGCCAGUACCAGAUCAAACCUCUGUCUCUGCACCAGAGGACGCACAGCAUCGACCAGGACAGGCCCAUGAACAGGCUGAGCCUCGUGGGUCAGUUCAGUUUCGCGGAGAUCCACUCCUGGGUGGUCUUCUGUCUGCCGGAGGUCCCGGAGAAGACGCCGGCAGGAGACAGCAUCACUUUCCACUUCCACAACACCUUCCUGGGCACGCAGCUGGAGGCAAGCUACUGCAAAGGAGAGGGCCACUUCAGGUCCGACAACAUCUCCACCAUCUCCAUACUGAGUGACGUCCUCUCUAAAGAAGCUACCAAAAGGAAAAUCAAUCUGAACAUUUCCUACGAUAUCAACGAUGAAUCUGUGAGCCACACUCUGAAGAUGAUCCACCCGAAGCUGGAGUAUCAGCUGCUGCUGGCCAAGAAAGUUCAGCUUAUCGACGCCCUGAAGGAGCUCCAGGUUCAUGAGGGAAACGCCGACUUCCUCAUCCCAGAGUAUCGCAACAUCCUGGAUGAGUCGGCUCACCUGCUGGAGGAGUACAAGAAGCAGCCGGCGCACCUGGAGAGGCUGUACGGAAUGAUCACCGAUCUCUUCAUAGACAAGUUCAAGUUCAAAGGUCAGAAUGUGAAGACCAAGGUGUCGUCGCUGCUGGAGAUCCUGGACAACUACGACUUGACCUCUCUCUUAAAUUUCUUCGUCGAGGCCUAAUGUCAAGUAGAACACAGACUGUUUUUUUUUUCUUUGUGCUAGAUUUUGUAUUGUAAAUAGAGCAGUUUUAUAAGAUAAAAUUAUAUUGGUGGUGGCAGUUUAAAAGUGAUGUUGACAAACUAGCAUUUAGAUACUCAAAUUAUAUCCUAAACAUUCAUGAAUGUUAUUUGAACUGCAUGCUCAGGGUCCAAACACUGCAGCAUCCAAAAACAAGUGUUGUAUUUAAUAAACCAGAACAAAGAGGCGA